AUGAACCGCAUCGACCGCAUCCGCUCGCACGUGGCCCACGGCUCGCCCGUGCCCGUGACGCCCGAGGAGGACGUGGUGAUCGUGUCGGCGCUGCGCACGCCCAUCACCAAGGCCCGCCGCGGCGGCUUCAAGGACACGACGCCCGACGUGCUGCUGGGCCACGUGCUGCAGGCCGUGCUCAAGCAGGCCAAGGUGGACCCCAAGCUCGUGGGCGACGUCGUGGUGGGCAACGUGCUGCAGCCCGGCGCGGGCGCCGGCAUGGCCCGCAUGGCCCAGCUGGCCGCGGGCAUCCCGCACACGGUGCCGCUGCACGUGCUCAACCGCCAGUGCAGCUCCGGCCUGCAGGCCGUGGCCAACGUCACGGCGGCCAUCAAGGCUGGCUACUACGACAUCGGUAUCGCGGCCGGCGUCGAGUGCAUGUCGCUCGCUGGCAUCGGCAAGGACGCUCCCACCGUCAACUGGGAGCGCGUCGGCGCCGUGCAGGACGCCAUGGACUGCACCGUGCCCAUGGGCAUCACGAGCGAGAACGUGGCCGAGCAGUUCGGCAUCUCGCGCACGAAGCAGGACGAGCUGGCCGCGCUGUCGCACGCCAAGGCCGCGGCCGCGCAGGCCAACGGCUGGUUCAAGGAGGAGAUCACGCCCGUGUCGACCAUCCUCAAGGACAAGGAUGGCAACGAGAAGUCGGUCAUCAUCUCGCAGGACGACGGCGUGCGUGCCGGCACGACCGUGCAGAAGCUGGCCAAGCUCAAGCCCGCCUUCAAGGAGGGCGGCUCCACCACGGCCGGCAACUCGAGCCAGGUGAGCGACGGCGCGGCCGCCGUGCUGCUCAUGCGCCGCUCGGUGGCCAAGCAGAUGGGGCUGCCGAUCCUCGGCCGCUUCGUGUCCUUCGCGGUGGCCGGUGUGCCGCCUGCCGUCAUGGGCAUCGGCCCCGCCCUCGCCAUCCCGGAGGCUCUGCAGAAGGCCGGCCUGACGAAGGACCAGAUCGACGUGUACGAGAUCAACGAGGCCUUCGCCAGCCAGGCCACGUACUGCGUCGAGAAGCUCGGCAUCCCCAUCGAGAAGGUGAACCCGAAGGGUGGCGCCAUUGCUCUGGGCCACCCUCUGGGCUGCACGGGUGCUCGCCAGGUGUCCACGCUGCUGUACCAGCUCAAGCGGAAGAACCAGCGCUACGGAGUCAUCUCCAUGUGCAUCGGCACGGGCAUGGGCGCGGCUGCUGUCUUCGAGCGCGAGCUGUAG